AUGAAUGGUUUCAAUAAGUCCUUGGUUCAGUUUCUAAACCACACAGCUCACUACGGCACACUUCUUCAAGAAAACGAAACCGAGCCUCUUCUUUUCUUGCUGGAAUCUGCUGGUAAGCACUUUCAAAACACUGUAAUAGCAAUGAUUGUCAUCAACUCUCUGAUAUCUAUUGCAGCUUUUGGUCUUAACCUUUUGAUCAUAGUGACUUUAUUAAAGACGACUUCCUUGUGGAUACCCUCCAAUAUUCUUUUAUUGGGUUUGGCUUUUUCUGGUUUGGGAGUCGCUGCCAUAACUGAACCUGCGUACUGCUGCUUCUUGGUUGCUAUCUUAAAYGCGAAUUUCAAAUGGAUGGAAAAUUCAAAAUUUGCAUUUUUAACCGGGUAUUGGAUUUUCUUUUCGGCAUCGCUUUUAACAGUCACUGCUAUUACCAUUGACAGAUUUCUUGCUAUAAAACUGCAUUUGAGAUACCAAAGCAUCGUUACAACCAAAMGAGCAGCUAUUGCMGUGGCUUUUAUCUGCAUUUUAUCAAUCAUAUGGAGAUUUCUUCCAAUGAAUAAAAUUAUUUGGAAUUUCACAAGUGAAUUUUUUACAUUUCUAUUGAUUGCUAUCAACGUUUCUGUCAUGUUUAUGAUAUCUAAAGUGGUACACAAGCAUCAGUCCGAAAUCCAUGCCCAGGAACAAUCCGUGCAGGUUAAUAUCAUUCCAUAUAAGAGAACUAUAAACACUAUGUAUUUUAUUAUUGGAAUAUUUGUGAUAUGUUUUUGCCCGCAAUGGAUYUUCAAAGCUGCCGGAUAUUUUGCAAAGCAAUGGAGUUCUUCGCUUAAUAUUARUACAGCCAAAAUAUUACUUGCUGUAGAGUAUUUMACAGUCACAUUGGUGAAUGUUAGCAGUGUUUUUAACCCUAUUCUGUACUGCUGGAGAAUCCAAGGCAUGCGCAGUGCUGCAAGUCAAAUAUUACAAAAGCAUUGGAAGACAUUGAAAACAUGCUUCUCUACGAACCGAAACUCAUGA